AGUCCCGAAUGCAGCAACUUUUUAUCAAACAGUGGUUUCAAAAUUAAUGUUUGAAGUAUGACUGCGUGUCAGUUGUUGUAGAACAAAACAAGAAAGUCUUUCACAUCAUGUUAACAGACCUUUAUUAUUCCAUCAAUCCAAUGACUGGAUUGACACCAGCUCCUGGUAUUGGAUUGGAUCCACUAAGAAUGGACAUAACUGUAAUGAAAUUAUGUUUUAUCUUAGGUAGAGAAAACGCCUCUCAGAAGUAUAUCUGGGUAACUGAUGGAAAGACCUGGACUGAAGCUCAGAGCUACUGCAGAGAGAAAUACACAGACCUGGCCAGUGUGAGAAAUGAGACAGAGCAUCGACAGAUACUGAGCCUCUCACUUGGACAUACUGUAUGGAUUGGUCUGCACAGAAACAGACUGUGGUCAGAUCAGAGCAACUCUUCUUUCACAUAUUGGAGACAAAUGGUCAGCUUUGAAGCUUCACAGCCAGAUAAUGGUUUUUACACACCAGGACAGAAUGGUAAUCAACACUGCACAGCUGUGUCUUUACAACAUUUUGGCCAGUGGACAGAUGAACAAUGCUAUGACAGUUUGCCUUUCUUCUGCUAUAGUGGUUAUACGAUGGGGUUGAGAGUGAAAUUCACAAGUGUGGAAAGUUUGUCAAAGUCUCAGAUUGAAGUCUUGAUUAUACAACUGCAAGAAGAAUUUAUAAGACAGGGAGUUCCCAGCAACUUCACCAUGCAUUUGAGGAAGGAAAAUAAAAUUGCUCCAUGAGAGACGAGGACAGCGUUGUUCAACAAAGAAAAUUGUUUUAGGUUUCAUGUUUUGAACUUCCUAUAAGUUCUACAAUGCUAAAAAGGUAUAUCUCAACUCCUGAUUUGACCAAUUCUGUCAUUUAAAAUAUAGAAUACGGU